UAUUUCUCCGUUUCUCUUUGUAAUGGUUACAGAAAUGCUUUCUAUUUUUAUUACAAAUUAAAAGCUCCAUUAAAGGAACUUGGGCAACCAGUAAUCACCAGCCAGUUAGCAGAUGAUACAACCAUCUCUAUGACAUUACAUACAAUUCACAUUUUCUCCAAAGCCUCCAUUGUAAAGCUAAAUUUGAAUAAGUGUGAGCUAAUGCCAGUUCAGCAAAGACGCUUAACAGAGGCUUCCAGCAUCCCUAUAAAAUCCACAGUUAAAUACUCGGGCAUGUAUAUAUCCAAAGAUUCAGUGAAAGCGAAAAUAUGAAUGUGUGGAAAGUAGUAGAUGAAUGCCAAAGUAGACUUCGCUCAUGGUUAUUAAGAGAUAUUAGCUUACUGGGUAGAAUAUUUGAGCUAAAAUAGAAAGAAUACUGCAUACUCAAACUAGAGCUAUUAAAAAGAUAAAUCAGGUUAAUUUUGAUAAUAUCUGGAUCAGGAAAAUUCAUUACAUUAAGAGAGCAGAGAUGACCAAAGAAUUUAAAGGUGGAGGCCUACAAGCCACCGGUUUUGAUUUUAUAAAUGGGACCUUGAAAAUUAAUUGGUUAAAAUCUAAAUCUAAACAACAAACAACUUCUGGUUCCAUAUUCCCAGAGAAAUAUUCAAGAAAUUGGGAGGGAUCAAAUUUUUACUUAGAUAUGAUUUCAACAUUCAAUGUUUCCUGAUUAAAUUAUCGCAGCUUCACCAGCAGGUCAUAUUAUAUUGGAAACAGUUGCACCUCCGGGAUUAUUUUCAAUGCUGCAAUUACAAAACUAAAAGAUCGGAGACGCCCACUUUGAAGAUAAAACCUUUCGUAGCAUGUGAAAAUGCGCUGUUAUAUUUUUACUGUUUACUGUUUUACUGCAGAAUCACAUAAAAUCCACCAUUAAAUAUUGUUCAUUUACACACACACACACACACACACACACACACACCACGGCCCUUCCUGCUCUUCAGAAUAAACCAGAUAAACCAGUUAGACGGUGUCAGUAAAAGUAAAACUAGGCAGCUCCAUUUUGUGUCGAGGGGAAAAUAAACCAUUUCAGGAGUAAAAACACAGUUGUUUUAUGACUUGCUACCGUGACUAUUUCCUGUAAGUGAACUCUGUGCUGAUACACGGUUUGAUUUAACACACCGAUGUUGGAGGGAAGUAAACGUGUGUCCUGCUGUAAUCUGGAGAAGGAGACAUGACCUCCAACAUGAGUGUGUCUGGAGAACAGGACUUAAAGAAAGACGAGAGAAUGAUGGAGGGAAAGAGAUCAGACUCACCAGAACCCAGCUGUGUGUCCAUGAAGAGUGACGCGUCAAUGGGUAUUCCAAAUAACUUCAGAGACAGAGCCAGUUCUCCUGAUGUGAGACCACAAAAGAAGAAAUCAAACAUCAGUAGAAAUCGGCUGGACUCCAUAUUCAAGGAGCUGGAACACAAAGUCAUCACUCUGAUAAAGAAUGAGCUGAAGAGGUUUAGGAAGCUUGUGAGUCCAGAUUACCCAGCAUGCACUGAGAGGGAGGUGGAGGAUGAGGAGGAUCUGCACAGUGUCAGAGAGGGAGCGCUGAAGAUCACACUGCACGUCCUGAAGAACAUGAACCAUACAGAUCUCGCUAACACACUGCACAACAAGUCUGUGGCCUCUGUGUAUCAGACAGAGCUGAAAUCCAGCCUGCGAGAGAAGUUUAAAAGAAUUAAUGAAGGAAUCUCACAGCAUGGAAGCUCAGCACUUCUGAAUGAGAUCUAUACAGAGCUCUACAUCACAGAGGGUUGGAAUGGAGAUGUCAAUAAUGAACAUGAGGUGAGGCAGAUUGAGACAGCGUCCAGGAGACCAGCAACACAGGAGACACCCAUCAAAUGUAACGAGCUCUUUAAAGACAAGUCCAUCAGAAGAGUGCUGACUAAAGGAGUUGCUGGAAUUGGAAAAACAGUCUCUGUGCAGAAGUUCAUUCUGGACUGGGCUGAAGGAAAAGCAAAUCAGGACGUCACCUUCAUGUUUCCACUUCCCUUUCGAGAGCUGAAUCUAAUGAAGCAGAGAAAUCUCAGGCUGAUGGAGCUUCUUCAUCACUUUUUCCCAGAGAUGAGAAAACUACAAUUACUAGACUCCUAUACAGUGGUGUUGAUCUUUGAUGGUCUGGAUGAGUGUCGACUUCCUCUAAAUUUCCAGAAGAAUGAGAGAUUGUGUGAUGUGACAGAGUCAGCCUCGGUGGAUGUGCUGCUGACAAACCUCAUCAAGGGGAAUCUGCUUCCCUCUGCUCUCCUCUGGAUAACCUCUCGACCAGGAGCAGCCAAUCAGAUCCCUCCUGAGUGUGUAGACCAGGUAACAGAGGUACGGGGGUUCAGUGAUCCUCAGAAAGAGGAGUACUUCAGGAAGAGGAUCAGUGAUCAGAGCCUGGCCAAUAAAAUCAUCACACGCAUGAAGUCUUCAAGAAGCCUCUACAUUAUGUGCCACAUCCCAGUCUUCUGCUGGAUCUCAGCCACUGUUCUAGAGAGAUUAUUGGGUGAAGCAGAGAGUGGAGAGGUCCCCAAGACCCUGACUCAAAUGUUCACACACUUCCUGAUCUUUCAGAUCAAACACAAGGACCAAAAGUACCAUCAGAAAUGUGACCCUGAUCCUCAGCAGACCAGAGAGAGUAUCCUGGCACUGGGGAAACUGGCUUUCCAACAGCUGGAGAAAGGUAACCUGAUCUUCUAUGAGGAAGACCUGAGAGAGUGUGGCAUUGAUGUUGAAGUUGCAGUGUACUCAGGAGUGUGUACCCAAAUCUUCAGAGAGGAGUUUGGGCUUCACCUGGGGAAGGUGUUCAGCUUUGUACAUCUGAGUGUUCAGGAGUUUCUGGCUGCUUUAUACACAUUUCUCUGCUUUAUUUUUAGAAAGACAAAUGUGUUAGUGGAGCAACGCACUGGACUUUUCCAUUUCUUCAGCAAGUCAACCAUGUCUGAUUUCCUCUGGAGUGCAGUGGACAAGGCCUUACAGAGUGAGAAUGGACACCUGGACCUGUUCCUCCGCUUCCUUCUGGGUCUCUCACUGGAGUCCAAUCAGGCUCUCUUACGAGGCUUAAUGCCCCAGACAGGAAGCAACUCUCACAGCAAACAGGAAACAGUCAGGUACAUCAAGGAGAAGAUCAGGGAGAAUCCAUCUCCAGAGAAAUCCAUCAAUCUGUUCCACUGUCUGAAUGAACUGAAUGAUCAUUCUCUAGUGCAGGAAGUACAGACUUACCUGAACAGAGAAGGUAACAGUCGUCUCAGUGGAACCAGACUCUCUCCUGCUCAGUGGUCAGCUCUGGUGUUUGUGUUACUGAACUCAGAUCAGGAGCUGGAUGAGUUUAAUUUGAAGAAAUAUGACCGAUCAGAGGAAUGUCUUCUGAAGCUGCUGCCAGUGGUCAAAGUCUCCAGAAAAGCUUUUCUGUGGAGGUGUAAUCUGACAGAGGAAAGCUGUAGAGUUCUGUCCUCAGUUCUCAGCUCAAACUCCUCCAGACUGAGAGAAAUGAGCCUGAAUCACAAUAACCUGCAGGAUUCAGGAGUGAAGCUGCUCUCUGCUGGACUGGAGAAUCCACACUGUACACUCGAUAUGCUGUGUCUGUGUGCAUGUAAUCUGACAGAGGAAAGCUGUAGAGUUCUGUCCUCAGUUCUCAGCUCAAACUCCUCCAGACUGAGAGAACUGGACCUGAGUAACAAUAACCUGCAGGAUUCAGGAGUGAAGCUGCUCUCUGCUGGACUGGCGAAUCCACACUGUACACUGGAGAUACUGAGUCUGUGGAGGUGUAAUCUGUCAGAGGAAAGCUGUAGAGUUCUGUCCUCAGUUCUCAGCUCAAACUCCUCCAGACUGAGAGAACUGAACCUGAGUGACAAUAACCUGCAGGAUUCAGGAGUGAAGCUGCUCUCUGCUGGACUGCAGGAUCCACACUGUAUGCUGGAGAUACUGAGUCUGUGGAGGUGUAAUCUGACCAAGGAAAGCUGUAGAGUUCUGUCCUCAGUUCUCAGCUCAAACUCCUCCAGUCUGAGAGAACUGGACCUGAGUAACAAUAACCUGCAGGAUUCAGGAGUGAAGCUGCUCUCUGCUGGACUGGAGAAUCCACACUGUACACUGGAGAUACUGAGGCUGAGUAUGUGUAAUCUGACAGAGGAAAGCUGUAGAGUUCUGUCCUCAGUUCUUAGCUCGAACUCCUCCAGACUGAGAGAACUGUACCUGAAUCUCAAUAAACUGAAGGAUUCAGGAGUGAAGCUGCUCUCUGCUGGACUGGAGAAUCCACACUGUACACUGGAGAUACUGAGGAUGAUUAAAUGCAGUAUUGCAGAUGAAGGUUGUGCUGCUCUGGCUUCAGCUCUGAGGUCAAACUCCUCAUCACACCUGAGAGAAUUGAAUCUGAACGGUAAUAAUCCAGGAAAAUCAGGAGUGAAGCUACUCUCUGAUCUACUGAAGGAUCCACACUGUAAACUGGAGACAUUAUACAUUAUGUAGAAUAAACUCACCAGGACCGGCGUAUGACAGGAGUCUCACCUCAAACCUCUUCUCCAGGAUAAAGCAGUUUUGGUGAAG